GCACGAGAAGAAGUGACAGGUUUUGAAUGAGCGACAACAAACCUCAUAGAUACAGGCAAGACUCUAACCUCCUCGUGUAGUGGCGGUUGUCAAGGCCGUUGUAACUUGCUCUCCACACAGGCGCAGGGCGAUGAGGAAUACCCGUGCAUAGUACCAAAGACUCUUUGAAAUAAAGACAGGAAUGCUUCCCAUCCAACUUUACAAUUUUGAAGAUCAAGAUGUAAAUGCCGCGCGACAGAUCAGUCAUGAAACUAAUACCGUAAAUAGACGCUAAAUGGAAGACGCUCUGUUUGCUUGAUGAAAAAAAAAUUGUCAAAACACCAGAAAUUAAUGCAGGAGGGAAAGGAGUCAUUUAAUGCCGCGAUGGGACGCCCAAACAAGAGCCAAAGCGGGACUAGCGUAAUGAAAUAAACCAUUGCCAACCAGCCUACAGACCGUUCCUGUCUCAGAUCGAACCAACAUGACACACGAAGUGCCAAGUGUUCGCCUCAAUACUGGACAGGACAUGCCCGUAAUAGGCAUUGGGACAGCACGGGCCCGUGGUGAUGAUGUGAAAGCUGCUGUCAGUGCUGCACUGGAGUGUGGGUACCGUCAUAUUGACACGUCAUAUCUGUACCAAAAUGAAGCUGCCAUCGGGGAAGUGUUGAAGGAAUGGUUCAGCAGUGGCAGGCUCAAACGUGAAGAUUUAUUUAUCACGUCAAAGCUGCCCAUGAUUGGUAAUCGUGAAAAGGAUGUCUCAAGAUUCCUCCUAAAGUCACUGGCCAUGUUGGGUUUGACAUAUGUUGACCUGUACCUUAUCCACUAUCCUGUUGGAUUCAUAGGCAAGGAUGACAAUGACAUAAAGCCAAAAGACGAAGAAGGGAAUACUGUUCUGGACUUCGAGACCAAUUUAGAAGGUAUCUGGAGAGGCAUGGAAGCUCAGGUUGAUGCUGGGAGAGCAAAAUCCAUUGGAAUCUCCAACUUCAAUAGUAAACAAGUGGAAAGGAUUACUAAAUUGGGACGCAUCAAGCCUGCUAACCAACAAGUAGAGGUCCAUGCCUACCACAUGCAGCGUGACCUGCGAGCAGUCUGUGAAAAGCACAGCAUCACAGUGUGUGCCUUUUGUCCCAUCGGAGCACCUCAUAUGAAAAUACGGACAGAGAAGCAUCCGCCCCUUCUUGAGCACCCACUAGUAGUGAAAAUUGCCAGCCAACGUGGGAAGACAACAGCUCAGAUCCUCCUCCGUCACCUGAUUCAACACGGCCUCGUUGUUAUUCCCAAAUCUGUCAGAGCUGAACGAAUUAAGCAGAAUUUUCAGGUCUUUGAUUUUGAGCUGAGUCCUGAAGAGAUGGCACAACUGGACACUCUUGACCGAGGUGGAGCUGGUAGAAUGUUUACAUGUGACUUCUUCAAAGGCAUUGAGAGGCAUCCUGAGCAUCCCUUUAACAUUCCUUUCUAACAAGAUUCAAGAGGACGUGUGGGGCGGUGGGAAUGUUAUGGUAACAUCUUAGAAUUAAAAACUUUUUAAUCAAGGUUUAACAGCCAUAAAUUUAAAGAUCUUUGAUCGUAUACUUUCCAUGUCCAAAAAUGCUGGUAGCAUUAUUUUACAUGUAAUAAAUAAGUGUAGUAUAUCAUAUACACCAAAUAAAGUAUGUAUUUACUGACUGUCAGGGCA